AUGCCUGUCGAGAGUGCUGCAUCGCCAGGUUAUGGACAAAUAGUGUGUAUCACCGGCGCCGGAGGAUUUAUUGCCUCUUGGAUCGUCAAGCUCUUGCUUGAACGAGGCUAUACUGUUAAAGGAACUGUCAGAAAUCCAGAUGACCCAAAAAAUAGUCACUUGAGAGAGCUUGAAGGAGCCAAAGAGAGGUUGAUUCUGUGUAAAGCUGAUCUCCUUGAUUACGAGAGCCUCAAAGAAGCUAUCAGUGGUUGCCAUGGCGUUUUUCACACGGCAUGUCCCAUUAGUGAUGAACCACAAAACAUAUAUGCACAGGAGGAAGUAUUGGAACCAGCGGUGAAUGGGACAAAGAACGUGAUAGUGGCAGCCGCCGAGGCGAAGGUGCGGCGAGUGGUCUUUACGUCAUCAGUUGGGGCGGUCUACAUGAACCCAAAUCGGAGCCCCGAUGUUGUGGUUGACGAGUCUUGUUGGAGUGACCUUGACUUUUGCAAGAAUGCCGGGUGGUGGUACUGCUACGGGAAGACCGUGGCGGAAAAGGCGGCAUGGGACGUGGCGAAAGAGAAAGGGGUGGACUUUGUGGUGGUGAACCCGGUCCUUGUCCUUGGACCGCUUCUUCAGCCAACUUUGAAUGCCAGCACUGUUCACAUCCUCAAGUACUUAACUGGCUCAGCCAAGACUUAUGCCAAUGCAGUCCAGGCUUAUGUCCAUGUCAAGGAUGUUGCCCUAGGCCACAUUCUAGUAUUAGAGGCACCAUCCGCCUCUGGCCGCUAUAUCUGUGCCGAGAGCAUGCUUCACCGCGGUGAGGUGGUCGAGAUCCUGGCCAAAAUCUUCCCUGAGUAUCCUCUUCCCACAAGGUGUUCAGAUGAAGUGAAUCCCAGAAAAAAGCCCUACAAGUUCACUAAUCAGAAGCUAAAGGACUUGGGCUUGGAGUUCACACCGGUGAGGCAAUGUCUAUACGACACCGUAAAGAGCUUGCAGGAGAAAGGUCACCUUCCGGUUUCCACACCCUAA